AUGAAGAAGGCAAGGAGUCGAAUGACGGAGGCCUUCGCACAGAUUUCGUCGUCCCCUCGUGGAGAGCGGAGCGAUGAGACUGUGUUCGGGAAGCCCCUCGCCGAGGUGAUGAUGGAACAGCGCCUUCGAUUGCUGAAAGGUGGCUACACCCCGGCCAGCUGGACCUACAGUCCCGCUGUACCCUUCGUCGUGUCCGCCUGUAUCGCCUUCCUGCGCGCCAAAGGAGGCCUCACAAUGGAGGGCAUCUUCCGUGUGUCAGGCUUCCACGAGUCUAUUACCAAGCUGAGGCAGUUCUUCAACCAGGCUAACCUGGACGAUGAAGAACUGUUCCCGGGCUGCCACGAAGCUGCGGGGUUGCUGAAGCUGUUCCUCCGAGAGCUCCCCACUCCACUCCUCACAUUUGACCUCUACCCGCAGCUUCUCGAGAUAGCCGACGACGACAAAGACACGGAGGCGCGAGUGGAGGACGUCAACAAGCUCCUCGAGGCACUGUCCGACGACCAUUGCCAUCUCUUCCGGGAACUACUCAACCUGCUGCGCGAGAUCUCUACACACAACAAGGAGAACUGCAUGGGACCACACAAUCUGGCCACGGUGAUCGGACCGGCGCUCAUGUGGCCUGCGCCGGCCGCUUCCGUGUCGCAGACCGAAUCUACCCUCCUCCAGCUCCAGGCCAUCAACAGUGUAAUCAAGGUGGUCGAGCUUAUGAUCGCCCACUCGGCCAGCCUCACCUCGCUCGACCGACCAGUGCGACCUAUGUUGGAGCCCCUCGAGUCGGCGGGCUCGUCCUCGUUUGCGAGGCGCAGCGAGUCGGAAGAGUUGCUGGACGCCGCCGACAAGGGACUGCUGCAGCGACUCAAGCGGAUGUCGCGGAGCUUCCACGAGUCUCCGUCCAAGCGACGGCGCCCCGAGGAUGGCUGCGUCGAGGAAUGGGAGAAGGAGCUUGACGGUGAGGAGCGCAGCGAGAUCGAUUUCGCAUUCGACCCGGAGGAGCAGGCGCGACACAGCUUGCUGCAGGCGCUCAGGGAGAAGAGGUUCUCUCUCCCGGUGGGGCAGAACGUGCUUGAAGGCGUGGCCAAGGAGAUUGGCGAGGAGAAGGUUGUGUGCGCUGCCUCGCCAAGCCUGGGUCCGGCAGGCGAGUUGUCUCAGAUGAGCCCCGCCGUGUCAUCCCUCCACUUGGACAAGGAGAACCUGGACAACGUCUUGGUGCUUACUUCGCCCUACCGACCCUCCAAGAACCCCUCGCCUCACCCCAAGAAGUUCAGUCGUACCAGCUUCACGGUGGUGCGAGUGCGGACCAAGAAGGGGAGGACCACGGCGGGCGACGCUUUCGCUGACGCGCCCGCAUCGCCCAGGCCCCUCGGCGACCGGAAUGUCGCCGAGUGA